AUGACAAAUCAGGAGGAAGAUCUGACCAUUAUUAAAGUGGAGGAUGAAGAAGAGAGGAUGAUGGGCGAUCUCCUGUGUAAGAUUGAGGAGGAGGAGGAGGAGGACAUUGCAGGAGAUGUCACCACAGAAAAUCCUAUUAAGAAUUCUGAGGGAAACUUCAUCUAUUCACUGAAUUAUAAAGUAGAAGAUGAAGAUAUCAUGCAGCGCUCUCCUGGAGAAAACCUCAUUACCCUUAAUGUACAUCCAGGACCACACAAUACAGAUCAGUCAUAUAAUCCUCCGAAUCCUGAGGAACCUUCUCCUGACCAAUCACAGAUUGCCACAUGUACAGGUCAGGAAUGGGGUGAAAGAUUUCAGUGUGGCAAACAGUUCAAAAAACGAUCAAGACUUCCUGCACACAGAAGAAUUCGCGCAGAGGAGAAGCCACACUCCUGUUCAGAAUGUGGGAAGUGCUUCACGUAUAAAUCACAUCUUGUUAUACAUGAGAGAAUUCACACAGGAGAGAGGCCGUAUUCAUGUUCAGAAUGUAGGAAGGGCUUUAAAAUGAAAUCAAACCUUGUUUUACAUGAGAGAAGUCACACAGGGGAGAAGCCAUAUUCGUGUUCACAAUGUGGAAAAUGUUUUACACGAAAAUCACAUCUUGUUACACAUGAGAGAAGUCACACAGGAGAGAAGCCGUAUUCAUGUUCAGAAUGUGGGAAAUGUUUUACACGGAAAUCAUCUCUUGUUACACAUCAGAGAUUUCACACAGGAGAGAAGCCAUAUGCAUGUUCAGAAUGUGGGAAAUGUUUUACACAACAGUCGCAUCUUAUUACACAUGAGCGAUGUCACACAGGAGAGAAGCCAUAUUCAUGUUCAGAAUGUGGGAAAUGCUUUUCAAAUAAAUCAAAUCUUCUUUCACAUGAGAGAAGUCACACAGGAGAGAAGCCGUAUUCCUGUUUAGAAUGUGGGAAAUCUUUUAUAGAUAAAUCAAGUCUUGUUACACAUAAGAAAAUUCACACAGGAGAGAAGCCAUAUUUAUGUUCAGAAUGUGGGAAAUGUUUUAUACAGAAAUCACAACUUAUUAGCCAUGAGAGAAGUCACACAGGAGCAAAACCAUAUUCUUGUUCAGAAUGUGGGAAAUGCUUUAUACGGAAGUCAAUUCUUGUUAGACAUGAGAAAAUUUACACAGGAGAGAAGCCAUAUUCAUGUUCAGAAUGUGGAAAAUGUUUUACACACAAAUCAAAUCUUCUUAAGCAUCAUAGACGUCACAUGGAAGCGAAACCAUUUUAUAAUGUUUUAAUAUACCAGGUUAUGCUCUGCUCUUAA